AUGACAAAGUUCAUCUCCCUUCUCUUCAAUGCAGGACUGGCUCUCCUACUGCAUGUGCAGCUAGGUUCUUCCUACAUCCUGUCUUGUUACUUCACCAACUGGGCUCAGUACAGACCAGGAGCUGGGAAGUACUUCCCUACCAAUGUGGACCCCUGUCUCUGUGACCACCUGAUUUACGCCUUUGCUGGCAUGAACAACAAUGAGAUUGCAACCUAUGAGUGGGAUGACGUGAAGCUCUAUGGCGAGUUUAAUGCCCUGAAAAACCAGAACAGCAACCUCAAGACUCUGUUGGCUAUUGGUGGCUGGAACUUUGGGACAGCAAAGUUUAGCGCCAUGGUGUCCACCUCUGCCACCCGUCAGACUUUUAUCAACUCUGUAAUCAGUUUCCUGAGGCAGUAUGGGUUUGAUGGUCUGGAUAUUGACUGGGAGUACCCUGGCUCUAGAGGAAGUCCUCCUCAAGACAAGCAGCUAUUCACAACUUUGGUUCAGGAAAUGAUGGCUGCCUUUGAGGCUGAAGGUCAGAACAGUAACCGUCCACGUCUCAUGCUGACUGCUGCUGUGGCUGCAGGAAAAAGCACUAUUGACACUGGAUACCAGAUCUCACAGCUUGGACAGACCCUGGACUACUUCCAUGUCAUGACAUAUGACUUCCAUGGUUCUUGGGAGAGGCAGACUGGGGAGAAUAGCCCUCUGUACAAGGGACCUGCUGACCAGGGUGAUUACAUCUAUUUCAAUGUGGAUUAUGCCAUGAACUACUGGUUGGGCCAGGGUGCUCCUGCUUCCAAACUCUUAGUGGGUUUCCCCACCUAUGGACACACCUUUGUGCUGGCAAGCUCCUCCAACACUGGUGUUGGUGCCCCAGCUACUGGACCUGGACCAGCUGGUCCUUACAGCAAACAGAGUGGCUUCUUGGCCUAUUAUGAGAUCUGCACUUUCCUGAAGCAGGGAGCCACUGAGGCUUGGGACACACCCCAGGAUGUUCCAUAUGCCUACAACAGCCAAAAUAUCUGGGUUGGCUAUGACAAUGUGAAGAGUUUCAAUAUUAAGAUUCAAUGGCUGAAGCAGAACAACUUUGGAGGAGCCAUGGUAUGGACCAUUGAUCUUGAUGACUUUAGCGGUUCUUUCUGUGGCCAAGGCCAGUAUCCCUUGAUUAACACCCUGAAGAGUGGACUUGGAACUGGCCAGAGCUGUACUGCCAGUCAAAACCCUUCACCCCCCAUCACUCAGGCUCCACCUGCUCCUAGUGGUGGCGGUAGCGGGAGCAGCAGCAGCAGUGGCAGCAGCAGUGGAGGCAGUGGCUUCUGUGCUGGAAAGGCUAAUGGACUCUACCCUGUCCCAGCCAACAGGAAUCAAUACUAUGACUGCAAUCAAGGCCAGACCUAUGUCCAACACUGUGCCACUGGUCUCAUCUUUGAUGCCAGCUGCUCCUGCUGCAAUUGGGCUUAA